AUGUUCACAGGUGAUGGUGAUAGAAAUAUGAUUUUGGGAACGAGUUUCUUUGUAACUCCUUCAGAUUCUGUAGUCGUUAUUGCAGCCAAUGCAAAAGAAUUGAUUAUGUACUUUAAGAACAGCUUCAAGGGUCUUGCACGAUCAAUGCCUACAAGCGGUACUCUAGAUAGAGUUGCCGAAAAGUUUAACCUCUCUUUCUUCGAGUUUACUAAUAUUUGCUUAACUAUUUUCAUGGGAAAAACAAAAGUUCAAAUGGCUCUCUUUUGUGCCAUUAGUGUCAGCUAUGCAUCAUUGAUACUGCUUGCUGCAUUUUAA